GUAACUGAAUCUGGUAGUAUAUAUAUAGGUAAUCCCAAAGCAACUAAUAUCAGUAAGAUCGAAUACCACCUCGAUAAACGAACUGACUUAGAUCCCAUUUAAGAAAAGAAUUACACUGCUGAAGUCCUCUUUUAAAUUGUGAAUUGUAGAAACAUAAAAAUGAAGAUUAUCCAAUUUCUCUUCAAGGUUGCAAUAUUCCUCUUCAACUUCACCUCGAUUGUGUCAUCAGCGGCAAUUCCGACUCAGUGUGAAAUACCCACCAGUCUGAAAGUCCAAUACGAGAGUCUGUCCAGUGCAGCCAUUGGCAAUAACUUUUUUCUACCAGCUGAAAUGUCUCCAGCCGGAAGUAAACAAUCACUGAUCGACGGGAAUAAAACUUGCCCAACAUCUACUGCUUCUACAGAUAGCAUACGUGAACGCUCAACCUGUCCUUGGUACCUGAACAUAACUCAUGAUUCAACAAUUUUCCCUCCAUCACGUACUGAAGUAGUGUGUCGCUGUACAAAGUGUUUAGACACUGACAACAGCAACCAUCAAUGUGUGAUGGUAUAUACUCCAAUGACUGUCCUGAAACGUACAGGUGAAUGUGUUGAUGGACUGUAUGUGUAUAAACCAAGUGUCAUCCAUGUAGCCACAGCCUGUGCGUGUGCACGGAAGGUUGAUGUCAUUAAGAAAGAAAUUGAGCCGGAAUAUGAGACGUAACAAAUGCUAAAAUAAUUAAAUGUACACUGCAUAUCUCGCAACAGUUAUUCAUAAUUUUAUGAAACUUAUGUACACCACUAUGUGGUGAUUAAUGCAUAGAUGCAUACAUGCAUACAUACAUUAGUAUGUAUGUGUGUGUAUUUGUUUUAACAUACACAUUAUAACAUCGACAUUUGCAUAUUUAAAACAAAAAUCUUCUUGCAAUUUUACUUAAUCAUCAGUAACUUAUUUCAUUAUAUCUGUACAUAUUAAAUCAUUCACAAAAUCAUUUACGAAUUAUUUAACCACACAAAAGGUUAUGUCAUCUUUUAUUUAAACACACACACACACACGCACUGGUACGUUGACUCAGUCAGAAACACCCACGCACAAUUUCACACACACCUAUACAGACUUAUGUGUAUACUUCCUAUUUUCAUACUUGACGCCGAUUAGUUAGCUGAAGCUAGAAAUGACCGGACUUUUUCCUUACAUUUAAGGAUCAGAAUGUGUCAAUUGAUGGAAAGAUGUCUUCCCAUUUGAAAGGAAAUGAAAAAAAAAAAAAGACACGAUGAGGUAGAAAACCUUUAUUAAAUACAUAAAUCUAUUGAAUUUUAUGAUUUCAUGAUGAUAUUAUCACAUUAGUUUGAUACUUUGAAUGAAAUUUAUCCUUACAAAAUAAAAAUAAAACAUUACAGAAAUUCAAAUCAUUCAUCUCAAUGUCUUAGCACACAUUUGCGACACAGAGGUUAUUUACAAACCUAUACAUUUCUCUGGUUCUGCUUCGGCAUUUCGUUUUCACACAUGUAUGUCUGACUUUAUUUCUAGAGGUGGCUGUUUCCUCAAUAAGGCGUUUGAUAGUACAUGAACAGACGUGAGGUGAAUCACCAUGAAGUUCUUCAACAACUUUUUUUGAAUAUAUUCCCUUUGGACUAGCGACUGAGUUGCAAACACUUGUGUAUGUUACCCACAUAUCUAUAAGAGCAACAUCUCAAAUAUAUUUUUUUUUAAACCGUGCAUUGGCCAUAAUCUACUGUUUGCUUUGACUGAAUGAAGCCGUGCCAUUUGGUCAAGCUAGAUUACGCCUACCUUAGUUUUGCUAUAAAAAAUGUAUGGUGUCAAAUUUCUUCUGGGGGUUAUUCUCAGAAGAAACUUCUACAGGUUGAUGUAUGGUACUGAAAACAAAACAAAAUUUGAUUUUUCGCACUGAUAUAAUGUGUGAAAGUAGGCUUUGUGGAUUUCAAAACCACAGUACCAUGGAAUGGUUUCACCUGUUUUAUUGCUUCCAGUAGAAUUGUUCCGACUAAACUGCAGUUUUGCUUUGCGAGCUGUAAAGGCUUUGCAAUUACUGAAUAUCCAAAACGUUGUCACAUGUAUUUAUAAACAAAAGAAAGUGCAAUGUUCAAAAGUUGACAAUACGUUAAUUGACGCGUGUGGUCCUUGCACCAUUAUGUGCUUUAUUAUUUUUACAGUUGGUGCAGACAACCUAUAAUUAUAGAAUCUCGUGAAUUCCACUUUCUUU